AUGUCCACCAAGCGUUCCAGCCGGGCAGCCUUCGGGUCGCAGAGCCACAGGUUUGAUAGUGCUGCCGCUUGCCCCAACCAGAAGAAGCUGAGCACCUUAACGGAGGCCCACUGCUCCAGGUUUAAUUCCGUGGACGAUGUGAGUUUGCCCAGCUUCGCUGACUCUCCAUGUGGUCUGGCCCUGCCCGCUGAGUCCCCCACCAUGGUGGACGAGCUGAGCCCUUCCCACUUAGGACCUGGCACCUAUGGCUACAAGGAGACUUGCUUCAGCAAGAAAAAGCUGAUGAAGGAGGUGGGCACAGGCUGGGCCAAGGCCCAGGAAGCCACCCGGCUUACCCAGAUGCCCCACUUCCAGUACCAGGCCAUCCUGAGAGAGAAGCAGCUGCAGAAGGAAAAGCUGGGGCCCGGCUCUUACAACUUCAAAGACUUCUUAGAACAACUGCAGCAGAAACCAUGCAGCACCCGGGGGCUGCUCAGCUCUGGGGAGGUUCGCUUCCGAGGACCCAUCGGGAACUACUAUCCAGGCCCUGGGAAUUAUGGUGAGAAGGGCAACCCUUACACGAAGCUGGAGGAGAAGGCCUGGAACCGCUCUCAUUCCGAGGGCCUCAUGUGCAGGAUGACCAACAAGCCGUCCUCCACGGCUCCUCAGGGCAGCGGUCUGGCACCAUGCACCUACACCCUCAAAAGCGGCAUAGAGGCAUGCCUGGAACGAUCCAUGGGCACCCGCGGCUUCUACGACAUUUUCUCUGGUGAUCGAAGCAAGCCCCAGCCUUACGGACAUUACUCUGUGCAGAAAAAAAAACCCAGUGAACUGUUGGGUUUCAAGAGCUUCGUGGACGAACUUAACUCUCGUCACAAUAAGAAGCGCGGGGUGUUUUCAAAACUUUCCCGCAACCCAGCAACCCCUUCGGAGAGGAUUUACUGGAGCACCCUCAGCCAGUGUCCCCGCAAACUAGCCACAUCCGGCCCCAGUAUGUGGCUUCCUUCAGAGAAGGAAUGCAGAAACGUCAACCAGCCGCCGUUCCUGCUGUCCUCCAAGCGAACAGGCUUAAAAGCCUACCAGAUGCUGCUGGGAAGCUGGAACCCUGUGGGCGUGGGCUACUACCUCAACACCUGGCUCAUGGAGACAAAGGACCAUCGGCAGCGAUAUCGGUCCCUGUUCCUGGGCAAAUCCAAGCGCUACCUCACGGACCCGGCCUGGGACAGGUUCAUGCAGGAAAGGAUCACACCUUUUACUAAGGGGAAGUGCCUUCCAACUGUGGAUUACAAUUCAGAUCCUACUCCUUAA